CCCCCCUGAUCACAGAACAAAUCAAAUGAGACGUUCUUUUCCAAACCUCCUCCUCCUCCUGUUUUUCAUCAGCCAACCCCCUCUCAAAUUUCUGUACCCCCUCCGUCACCUCCCGCUCCCCCCCCCCCACCUCCAUCCACGCAGCCCCCUCCACCCCUCGCCGCGGCGGCGUGACUGGGGAAGGCGGAGCUCUUCCCCUCGCUGAGCCGCUGCUGCUGCUGCUGCUGCUGCUGCCGCCGCUGCCGACGCCGCCGCCUUCGUUCGCCCUCCUUCCAACCCCCAAGAUGGUCCCUUGCCGCUGAAGAACAAGACGAGCCGGAGACUAUGUUGCUGCUUUUGGCUACGGCGUGAGAAGGAAAGCCGGCGGGGCAAGGGGGACAAGCGUAGGCCGGGAAACACCCACCCGAAUCGGGCCAAGAAGGACGGUCGACAUCGGCGAUCGACACCCCCGCGAAGGCGCCCCCCCCCCAACCCCCCUCCUCCGCCGCCACCGCCACGUCCCGCCACAUCACUCCAUCCUCGCGAAUUAGGAAGAGAAAAGGAUUAUCGCCGCCGCCGCCAUCGACUCGAGAACAAUCGGAGGCCCCGGAUUUGGCGGCGCUCCUCCCCGGCCGCUGCAGGGUCCUCCCAGCCGGGGAUGCGGCGCCUUGUGCCGGAUCGAGUCGGACGGACAGCCGGGCUCUCUGCCGCAGUGGACCCAUGAAAGACAUCUGACACAGGCACAGAUGGGAUGAAAAUGCGGCGGCACCGGGUGUUCUUGCUGUGCACGGUGGGCCUGUGCGUCAUCUCCUUCCUGCACUACUACAAGGCCCUCCACUACGUGUCGCUGCUGCGCGAGCUCUCCGCGCCGUACCCCAACAUCAAGUCCUUCAUCAUGGUCACCGGAUUCUUCUGGCAGGAGAAGGGAGCGCCGCUGGGACCCGCUUCCCCCGAGGAGGCCCCCCCGCCGCCGGUCCUCCGCCCUUCGGCACCCAAAGCCAGAGGGAGCGCGGCGGCGCAGGGGGAGCGGCCGGGGGCGCCGGCCGACUCGGAAGGGACCGGCGCGGCGGGACUGCCCGUGAGGAUCGGGGAGGUGCCGGCGCCUCCUCACCCUUGGGAGAAACCCGGCGAGAACCCGAGGGGGGACCUUGCCAGCCCGCAGCAAGAGAAAGAGCAAGAUCGCCCACCCCCGCGCCAACCCACUCUGCCGCCCCGUCCGGCGGCCGUCCUCCAAGCCGGACCGACGACCGCCCGCUCGGAAUCCAUGGGUGACCUGCACACCCGUACUUACCGGCUGCAGGACGACAAGACGGCGUACUUUACUCGAAGCCGAGCCGGGGCGCUGUGCUUCCGGCAGGGCACAGAGAUGGCCGGCCCCAAGGAGAACGCCGGCAGAGCGGGCGGCGCCGGCCAAGGCGGCUAUCGAAAACCUCUGCAAGUCCGGCGGCAGCGGGCCUUCGUCACGCCCAAGUCCAAGACCAGGGUGACGAGGGGCGGGCGGCGGCUGGUGAAGUGCGCCUGCCGGCCCGGCUGGCACGGCCCCUACUGCGGGGUGCCCGCCAUGGUCUACCACUCCAACCUGCCCACCAAGGAGCGGCUGACGCCCCGAGAGACUCCCCGCCGCGUCAUCAACGCCAUCAACGUCAACCACGAGUUUGACCUGCUGCACGUCCGCUUUCACGAGCUGGCGCGGGCCGUGGACCUCUUCCUGGUUUGCGAGUCCAACUUCACCGCCUACGGGGAAAAAAGACCUCUCAGUUUUCUGCGUCUGCUCCUGAACGGAACUUACGACUACGUGCGCCACAAGAUCCUGUACGUGUUCCUGGACCAUUUCCCCGAGGGCGGGCGGCAGGACGGCUGGAUCGCCGACGACUACCUUCGCACCUUCCUGACGCGCGACGGCAUGUCGCGGGUGGAGGGCGGCCGGCCGGACGACGUCUUUGUCAUCAACGACGCCGACGAGAUCCCGGCUCGCGAGGGCCUCCUCUUCCUCAAACUGUUUGACGGCUGGACCGAGCCCUUCGCCAUUCACAUGCGCAAGUCUCUGUACGGGUUCUUCUGGAAGCAGCUGGGCUCCCUGGAGGUGGUGUCGGGCUGCACGACGGGCAUGCUGCGCGCCGUCUACGACGGCGACGGCAUCAAGCUGCGGCGCCGCGAGUACUACACCAUGCCGGCCUUCCGCAAGUACGAGAACGACACGGGCCACAUCCUGGUGCAGUGGUCCCUGGGCAGCCCCUUCCACUUUGCCGGCUGGCACUGCUCCUGGUGCUUCCCGCCCGAGGGCAUCCUCUUCAAGCUGGUGUCGGCCCAGAACGGCGACUUCCCGCGCUGGGGCGACUACGAGGACAAACGCGACCUGGGCUACAUUCGCCAGCUCAUCCGCACCGGCGGCUGGUUCGACGGCUCCUUGCAGGAGUACCCGCCCGUGGACCCCAAGGAGCACAUGUACGCCCCCAAGUACAUGCUGGACCACUACCAGCGAUACCGCUACCUCCUGGAGAACCCGUACGCCGGACGCCGCUGACACCGGAUCAAACCGCUGGAUGUGCCGAGUAUUUUCACGUUCCCGCGUGUGGCUUGUGUGUGUGUGUGUGUGGAGGGGGGGGCGGGGGUAUUAAUUGGCUGUGAGUCAUGAGUGUGCGCAUGCGUGCCUGUCUGUGUUCAACGCAGGUUUUGCGGUGAUUUAUUUUCGCCCCCCCCCCCACCCACCCUCUAAAAAUUGCAGGUGUGUACGGCGUGUGCCAAUCAGCUGUGAAUCUUGAGAAGAAAAAAAAAAGAGAGUCCGAGAGUCCGGGCAAGGUCACUUUUGCCUCCUUGGAAACAAAAAGUAAUGGCAAUGCUUGGUUACCGUGGCGACAGAAGACAAGAUGAUGCUGGGUUACCAUAGCGACAGGUGACAGGCCAGGGCUGCGGUGAGCGUUGCCGCAGAAGACAGGACAGCGGUUUAUUGAGGAAGGAGUCCGUAUCGUUCAGUGUUGGGGAAGAAAAUCGGACGCGUCGGAGACGGCGAGCGCUUCGGGUUGCCGCGGAAACCCGUUCACAAUAAAUACAUAAAUUUAUUGCAAUAAAUCAGAGCUCGGAGGCCGCGCGAGCGGCAAUCACGCUUCGACAGCUGCGCGCACGUGGCGGUGACCCCGCUGACCGCCCGCCGUCGCCGCGGCAACCGUCCCCACCACCCCGACCCCCUCACGAAUUCCCAGCAUGCCGACGCCGUGUUGUCAUCCACUUUUUAGCCUCUGAGGAAAUGUUGGCAACGGCUUCCGUUUGGUUUUGAAGCAUUUUUCGUGAAAUUGCAGCAAACUGUCGCGGGUUGAGUUCACAUUAAGACGAGGUUUACGAAUGAUGGAGUAUUUUGAAACGUUUUCAUUGAAUGUCAUUUUGAUUCACGUUUACAGGUUAAAAUUUGAAUACAAAUGCUAAAAAAAACAAACAUUUUUUUAAUUGGAAUUCUUGUAAAAAAAACGUUUAGAAAAAGCAUGAAACGAGUUUCAUGCUUUUCGAAAAAACUUUUUUUUUUGGUUCAGACUUUCAAAUUGAAGACCAAACUUGAUUGAUUUCAUUCGAUCAACAUUUAUCAUUUAAAAAUAACAGGCAGUCCGUUUUUUGGGGGAAUGUCGAUACAAAUAUUCAACCUAAAAUUCAGUUCCAAAAUGACAAAUGAAAUCUAAAAAAAAAUCAUAAAAAAUAACGCUUUCUCUUUUUCAACACUAGACUGACAUUUACUCGAUGAUGAAAAGGCAAAUUGGAAUAAAAAUGAAUCCCAGUGGUCAAAACAAAAUGUCAACGAAUAUCGACAUCUCGUUUGCCUCGCGGCAUCGCGGCUUACGUCGUUUUUUUACGUUGUUUGUUUCGCUCCGCGCGUUCAAGCGUUUGCCAAAGUCGCUCUUGCCUCUUUUCCAACGUGUGGCUUUCUUCCGGCUUCUGAUUGGCCCCAAACAAAAAGACUUCCGGUUGACCAUUUCUUUGCUGAAUUAUUGCGUUGCACUGCCACCAAGUGGAGGAGCAUUUUAUUGCCCCGCCUGUCGGCAACAAAGAAGUCAUUGUUUCUCGGAAAUAAACGGUCCUUUUUAAGACAAAGUGAAAUCGGAUCAUUUUGCGUGUGUGCGUGCGCGCGCACGAACGUCUAAAUCGGCAAUUCUCCGGCGCUCUCCCUCCAGUUCACCGUCAAUAAAAACAAUCCGAUUUUCACCGCAAAACCAAUUCACUCAUCGACCGCAUUGAGAGUCCUACCCUCGGAAUGGGAAGCAAGAGUGCGUGCGUGUGUGCGUUUCUUUUUAAAUUUUGUCGAAAUCACAUCGAUUUGGCAGCUUGCUAUUUAAUUAAUGUGUUUGAGGCGUGCUUGUGUGUGAGCCUACUGUUCAAACAGACGUGCCCCGGGCGUCUUUUACCUCCUCCAAGGCCAUCAAGUUGGUGGAACCAAUCACUGAGGCUUUCUGUCUGUGGUCGUUUUUUUUUCUUUGUUGUUGUUCUUGUUGUUGUUGUUGCUGUGUCCGGAGUGACUCCGCCUAUUCCCGCGUCCCUUGCUGUGAUUGGUCGUCUCCGAAGCACUGCGCAGCGCUCGUGUUGUUUUCUGAUGCCUCUGAAAGCACCUUAUUGGUUUGUGUUGUCAUUGAUCGCUUAUUAAUAUUGGGUUGUUAACAGGGUUAUUGGGUUUUAUCUUUUUAUCCUGCUUUUUCUUACAAAAUGUUUUCCAAUUAUGUCAUUUUUCUCCGCCAUUUUUGUUGUUGUUGUGUGUUAAACAAAACGUGUUGAAGCCAAAGUGUGAUAGCAUUGACGCACACACACACACACAAACACACUCAGUAGCCCCUUUCGCCGUACUCGUUCAAGCCCGAGUGACAAAUGGAAUGGCUUCUGGAGCAGAAUGCUUCUUCCUGGUUUGGUGUUUUGUGUGUGUGUGUGUGAAGCGUAACAGAAUCAAAUUCAAUUCCCCGAUUGCGUGACGUGGUAUCAUUGUGUGAAAGCGCACACAGUCACAUCAAGAUCCGCCUUCGCUGAGUGCUGCGUGAAAGGCAUAUGCAGACGUAUUGUGGAAGCUUAGAGCCGUCAAGUGGUCACUUUGCGGUGUCUCUGGUUCAAAUGUGCAUCAAAAGCUCAUUUCGCACUGACUGCACGUGAAAUAUUUUCUGACACGUUCAGUAUUGCUUGGUUUUGUGUCAAAGUUUCCGCUGUGGGAGUUUUUGGUAAACUGUUUGAAAGGGGCUGCAGUUUGUUUCUGUCUAAUGAAAAGCUCCACAUGCUGACAGCUUUAUUUUGAAAGCACAUGCAGGAAGACUUUUGAUUUUGUUUAACGACAAUUGCGACUCCCUCCGCCCCUGCACUGAUUCGUCAAUCUCACAUAGUUUUAUUGAUUUAUAUCUUUUUUUGUCUUGUUGAUCUUGGUGGAACGUGCACGUGUGUGCGUGAGUGUGUGUGUGCGUGUGCGCGUGUGCGUGCGUGUGUGUGUGCGUGUGUGUGUGGUCCAGUGGCUCAGUGUUCCAAGAGGAGGAACCGUGGGAGGGAGAAGGCACCCCCCCAAGAACCUGGGGGUGAUACUUUCAAUCAAAAUAAUAAAAGACGCUUUUUUGAUGAUGGAAAACAAGAAGAAGAAAAAGAACAUUUGGAAGUGAACUCUGGUGUUUAUUCAAAUGACUGGAUGUAUGUUAACCAUCAACAACCACAAAUGUUCUGUGGCAAAGAUAUAAUAAAUUAAUUUCAAAAUUUCAA